UUUUACCUCGCUGUAUUUUCAAAUUCCGUUUACCGCCCUAUAGACACUCAAUAUGACUCAAGACGAAAAGUUGUUGCUUCAAAAUGCUCGUCCAUAUCCGUUUUCUUGCCCUACUGCAACCACGGCCUUUAUUAUAAUCGAUAUGCAGAGAGACUUCUUAGAUCCAAAUGGCUUCGGGUCAAUUGUUUGCGAAAAUCCUGCUACCUUCUCAUUUGUUCGCAAAAUUGUUCCAAAUGUUCAGAGAGCUCUCGAAGCAGCUCGAGCUAUUGGGAUGCAUAUAAUUUUCACCAGAGAAGGCCACCUUCCGAAUCUCUCCGACCUACCAGCUGCGAAGAAGUUAAGACAAACAAGAGGACCUAACGGCAGUCAAUCAAUGGGUAUUGGUGAUGAGGGCCCCAUGGGAAGGCUUCUAGUGAGAGGCGAGAAAGGCCACGAUGUUAUUGACGAACUAAAGCCAUAUGCUGGGGAACCAAUCAUAGAUAAGCCUGGGAAAGGGAGUUUUUGGAGCACAGAAUUUCACCGAUUGUUGUUAGCUAGAGGUAUCACGCACUUGAUCUUUGCUGGAGUCACGACCGAGUGUUGCGUAACGAGUACCUUGAGAGAGUGCAACGACAGAGGUUAUGAAUGUUGCGUUCUAUCAGACUGUACGGCUGGAUUUAAUGAGCGAAUGGCGGCCACUUCCUUGGAUAUUGUUUGCUGCCAAAAUGGCCUUUUCGGAUACGUUGGCCAUAGUUCAGAAUUUGUUACGGAAACAGAGCAAAUCCGCCAGCUAAUUCCAUCUUCGACUGUGAAUGGCCUUAACUCUCCAAUGCUUCCUUCUAUCGAUCAGCUCAAGAGUCUUUACAGAGAUGGCCGUAUCACGCCACAUGCAGUUAUAAAAUCUGUCUUUGAUCGCAUAUCGAAAUACGAAGAUGUCAAUCCAGCUGUUUGGAUCUCUAAGCAGUCUCAAGAGGAUGUAGUAGCAGCUGCUGAAAAGUUAUGCACAACAUAUGCCGGAAGGCCUCUCCCUCCUCUUUUUGGCAUCCCGUUUGCGACAAAGGACAACAUUGAUGUUGAAGGAGUGGUUACUACAGCAGCAUGCGAAAGCUAUGCGUAUACAGCUACUUCUACAGCUCCAUCAAUUCAACAUCUACUCGAUGCGGGGGCGCUGUAUAUAGGGAAAUUGAACCUUGAACAGCUUGCGACUGGCUUAGUGGGAUGCCGCUCGCCCUACGGUGCUCUUCACUGCUUCCAUAGCAAAAGUCAUGUCCCGGGUGGCUCAUCUUCCGGAUCUGCAGUCGCCGUCGCUGCUGGACUUGUUUCCUUUGCUAUUGGAACUGAUACAGCUGGGAGCGUUCGUGCCCCUGCUGCAUUAAACGGCGUGGUUGGCUUCAAACCCACCAAGGGCACUAUCUCUGCUAGAGGUGCGGUGCCUGCAUGCCAGAGUCUCGAUACAAUUGGCGUUUUAGCACUUUCUAUCGCCGAUGCAAGACAGGUCUGGUAUGUGCUUGAUCAGUAUGACUCUCUAGACCCGUAUGCCAAACCACCUGCAAGCUUGCCAACCUGGAUGGUAGAUUUCCGAGGACCAAGAGAGGGGGGCUUUACGUUUGGUGUGCCUCCAGAUUCUCUUUUACAACUGUGUUCAAAGGAAUACCAAGAGCUGUUUAAUAAAGCUGUUAAAACGCUGCAGUCGCUGGGGGGAACACUCGUCGACGUUGAUUACACGCCAUUUGCUACAGCAGGCGAUCUCAUUUAUGGUGCGUCCCUUAUUUACGAACGUCUCGCUUCAAUCGGCUACGAAUUUCUCUCAGAGAAGAUCGAUACACUACAUCCGACCACCAAAUUGGUCAUUCAGAAGGUUCUCUCGUCGGAUUUAAAAGGCUGGGAGGUAUAUAGAGACCAGGCCAUACAAAUGGAAUGUAUUGCCAGAGGACGCCAAAUCUUCAACAAAUUCGAAGAUGGUAUCGACGUUUUAGUCGUGCCAACAGUACCAUGGCAUCCAACUAUACAAGAAAUACAAGACAGUCCACUAAUUCCGAACUCCAAGCUUGGCAUAUUCACGCAUCCAGGAAAUGUUAUCGAUUUAUGCGGAGUCAGCGUCAAUGCCGGAUGGGUUAAUGAGGGAGGAGUUCGGCUACCAUUUGGCAUCACAUUUCAAGGCGGCAGUGGAUACGAUGGUAAAGUGUUGGAUAUUGCAGCUGUUUUUGAAAAGUAUUCGGGAGAAAAUCAGAGUUCAGUUUAGUAAGCGCAGCUGCUAUACGAUAUGUUUCGGCUUCAUCCCAAGCGUUUGCUCAACUAUUACAUCUGAUACCGUGCUUCAAAUUCUCAGACCCCGAAAGAUACUGUUAUAGUAUUUCGAGAAUUAGUUCGCGAUGGAAGAAAUCAUGAUGGUUAUCUUAUGCCAAGUUAUUUGCUGGCUACCGUCAGUAUAUGUGAUUCAUGUUGUUUUCUCUAACUCGACAUACGCGACUGCCGAUACCAAAGCCGCCCCUCAAUCUCUUUCCAAUUUCCCCAAUCACAAGUAUCCCGAGCCCACUGC